CUUCAUCAUGUUUGGAAAGGCAAAAGAAAACGUAUCAAUUCCAAAAUUUUUUGAAAAUAAAAGUGUUCUAAUAACUGGAGGUACAGGUUUCAUUGGCAGAUUAUUACUGGAGAAAUUGCUGAGGUCUUGUCAAAAAAUUGACAAGAUUUACGUGGUUAUAAGACCGAAGAAAGGCAAAAGCGUACAGGAAAGAAUCCAAGAAAACAUUAAUAUACCUAUAUUCGAUAAAUUACGAGAAGAACAACCCGAGCAGCUCAAUAAAAUAAUUCCUCUCGCUGGAGACACGGAAAAACUAGGAUUAGGUCUCAGUGAAGAAGAUCGAAAAACCGUUAUAGAAAAUGUAAGUAUAGUUUUCCACAACGCUGCUUCGGUUCGUUUCGACGACCAUCUAAAAAAAGCAGUAAUUAGUAAUACGAGGGCGGCAAGAGAAAUCGUUUUGUUAGCCAGACAACUCAAGAAGAUAGACGUUUUAGUCGAUACAUCGACGGCUUAUUGUAAUUCUGAUAACUUGAUAGUGCAAGAAAAGCUGUAUCCAGCGAAGAUUCAUUGGAGCGAUCUCGUGAAGAUCGCAGAAGAAGGAGAUGAAAGGUUAUUGGAAGUGGUGGCUCAUAAAAUUAUACAACCAUUGCCUAACACGUACACAUUUUCCAAAGCAGCAGCCGAGCACGCUGUAGUGGAAUUGAGUAAAGGAAAAAUUCCUGCUGUUAUAGUUCGACCAACAAUAAUUCAACCAACUUAUUCAGAUCCAAUUCCAGGUUGGGUGGAUAAUAUAAAUGGCUCUGUUGGAAUGAUGUAUGGAAUGGGCAGAGGUAUACUAAGAUCGGUUUACGGAGACACGAAUGCUGUUUUCGAUCACGUAUUUGCUGAUAGUGUGAUUAAGUCCUUAAUUAUAUCUGCAUGGAGAACAGCUUUGGCGAAAGAUCUCAACAAUGUGCCAAUUUACAACAUUGCUUCCGAUUUGAAUUAUAAAUCGUCAGAUUUGUUCGUUCUUGGCAAUGAGUACUCCAGAAAGUUUCCUCUUAAAUAUUAUAUCUGGCCAGCGAAACCACGUCUUUAUGAAAACUACUACGUAUUCUUGUUUUUUGCAUUGCUAAACCACAUUUUACCCGCAUUAAUAGUGGACUCUGUUCUCUGGAUAACAGGAAGGAAACCAAUGUUGUACACAAUCCAACGGAAAGUUUUUCUAGCUAAUACUUGUCUGAUACAUUUUAUGACGAACUCUUGGAACUUUGUACAUAACAAUUAUUUAGAUUUAAUGGAUAGCAUUUUACCCGAUGAUAAAAAAGAUUUUACCGUUGAUCAUUUCGGCAAAACUCCUCAUCAGUCGAAAAAAAAUCAUUAUAUAUUUAACAUAUAUUUUCAGGGGAUCAGAAAAUAUGUAGCAAAGGACGCUGAUGCUGAUGAACAUGAUGUAAGAAAAAGAAACAGACUGAUCUUUGUGGAAAGGAUUUGGAAACUAAUGUGGUUAAUAAUAUUUCUGAGAUAUUUGAUACCAAAAUUGAUUCUUCUAUUCGAUAACAUAAUGAUUUAUAUUGAAAAUUUAUAAUAGAAUUAUCAUUUAAUAUCUAAGCAAUUAUUAAAUAUUACCUUUUCUGUCGUUUUCUUUAAAUUUCUGUAGUUAAUAAUUAGUUUCUGCAGUUAUUCAAUAUUUAUUUUAUACUUUCUUAUUAGUUGGAACGUUUUGUAAUAAAU